AUGAUAUUCCCUCCUUUCGUUCCAUCUCUUGAAGACAACUUCAAUCUUGAAUCUUCAAGCAGUCCCUCAACUCCUGGGACCCCUUCUGAGAUUUCAGACCAAGUCCUUAGCAUUGGCUUCCCCCAAGCCAUGCAACUUACAUGGACAAACUCCUCGUCCACUAUGGCUCUCUUCAUCUCAGAGCCAGGCUCGAGUGUUCUUUACGCAGCACUCAUGCCACGAGGAUUACAAGGACCUGUUUACCUAUACCCUGGUUCUGAGUUCGCUGGAGAUGCGAUUGCAUCUUGCAACAAAUCUGGCGAACGCUUCAUCUUUCAACUCCCGGGAGUUCCCAGUUGCAGUAUUGCAUCCAACCAAGUCACCAUGUCCUUUCAUCGAUCGAGAUCAAACCCUCGGUACAGUUUCUCUAUGAGGGUCGAACACGAAGGGAGUUGCAGGACUGAAAGCUUCGAAUGGCGAGUCUCGUCUCAAGCGCAGAGUGGUCUGUACACUACAGUAUGGGAACUUGUUUCUCUAGGACGCAGUAGCAAAUCCAGUUCACAUCGCCCAAGAAGCUCGGAGGUUGUUGCCAUGGUAUAUGAAAACAAUGGGUCGUCUAUGCAGCGGUCAGGGGGCUUUCAAUUUCUAGGCAGGCCUACUACUAACUAUAUGGGGUAUCACUGGACUCUUAUGGCUCUCAUGAGUGGUAUAGCUGUGUGGCAGCAUGCGAGUAGUGGUUAA